AUGGCACUGUCAUCAUCAUCAUCAUCGUCACAACCGUUGCCAUUAACACUUCCUUCGAUUUCAUCUUCACAAUCACAUUCUCUUCCAACUUUUCGCUACUAUCCUCCUCACUCUCACUCCUUCCUUAGCAUCGGAACACAGUUCACGAAGCUUACCACCACUUACCGACGAACAUCAACCGUACUUUCUUCCGUCGUUGCCUCUGUUGGGAAUGAAGAUGCUGAGCUACGUGUCUCCUCUACACAACAACUGGAUGAUGAUGAUGAUGAUGAGGAGGAGGAGGAGGAGGAGGAGGAGGGUGAAGAACCAACCGCUCAAGACCUUGAAUAUGUUGCACAAAUCAAAAGGGUUUUGGAGCUGCUUAGAAAAAACCGGGACAUGCUAUUUGGAGAGGUCAAACUAACCAUAAUGAUUGAGGAUCCUCGGGAUAUUGAGAGAAAACGAUUACUCGGUAUUGAAGAUCUUGAUGGCCCAACACGAGAUGAUCUAGUUACCGCUUUGGAAGAAGUGAAUGAAGGGAAAAUUCCAAAGGAUAAAGUUGUUUUGCAGAUGCUUGCUGAGGAAAUGAAUGCAUGGCCUAAUUUAGAGGUUGAAGCAACAAAGAAAAAGCCCAAAAAAUCUCUAUAUGCAAAAACAACUGACACUGGAAUUGAUCCUGAAGUGGUUGCAAAGAGACUAAACAUUGACUGGGAUUCUGCUGCUGAAAUUGAAGAUGUGAAUACUGUAGAUGAAACAGAAGUGCCUUCAGUGUUGGGGUAUGGAGCACUAUACUUGGUUUCAGCUUUCCCUAUUAUUAUAGGUGUUUCAGUAGUUUUGAUUUUGUUCUACAAUUCCCUCCAGUAG